AGUCACUACUUCGUAUGCCAAAUUUGAGGUAUGGAAUAUAUCCUAGCUAGUAUAUGGUCUAUCUACAAAAAGUUCUUGAACACACAAGAAACCGACCUCUAUGCCAUCAAGUAUCGAUUGAUCCCCUUGUGAAAAUUCCAACCCAAUGCCAUACCUCGCAGUAAAGUAUCAGUAGGGAAAUCAAAGCUUUGCCAUAAGAAACCAGCUGUGUCGUUGUCCCAUGUGUUCUUGAUAAUGAAGUUUCCAUCAUUAAGAAGCUCUACAACCAACAUUGAGCUAAUAACUCCCGGAAACUUCGUCCCCCAAACACGGGUUCCAGCUUGAUCGACGAGGACGAAGUUGUUGUUGGAAAACUUGAGGAUUCCAAAAGAGGUUCAUCCAUGUUAGCAACCCAUACCAAAUGCCGACAUACCAACGAUGGGAAGCGAGUUUGAAGAAACCCAACUCAAAGAGUUCUCUGGGAGACACUAUGGUGAUUGGUGCGGUUGCUAGUAAGAGUCUCUGUUGACGAAAGCUUGCUGGUAGAGAUGGAGAACACAGGAACGAGUAAGCAUUUCUAAUCUCCAUCCGAAACAAAACAGAGGUCCAAUUAAAAUCAUCGUCUUUUAGUUUAUUUGCUUCUUCUCUUCGAGAUAGGGUGGUUAACACUUUAAUUUGUAAUUCUGAUCCAUUUCAUUACUAUAUCUAGCCGAGAUGUGCAUUGGAUCUAUGUAAACAUUUUCCAAAUUGUUUAAAAUCUAGGGAGAAAAAUAACGAUGUAUAACAGAAUACAUGACUACACAUCACAAGUUAAGAAAUAUGUAAUCAAUUAAACGAACUAAAUGUAUCGCAUGCAUACAUGUAUCAAUUAUAUGAUGACAUCACGAAUAUCUUAUUCCGGUACGUCGUUCGUCGGAAUUGAAAUAGCUAGAAAAUGAAUAGAACAACUGCAGCAAACCAAAUUAAACCAAACCAAUCCACAUAAACUAGAAAUUCGCACUCUUCCAAAAAAAAAAAAAAAAAAAAAAAACAGUUCAAGAUCGCCGCCAAAUGAGCAAAAUCGUCAAUUCACUCAAACCCCCACGAAAGACCUGUCGCAACAAAUCAGCCAAUGUCACGUGGUCCCAAACCAAAUUUAACCGAAUCAAAACCACUUCAACCGGAACUCCCACUCUUGCAAUAAAAACAAACCAAUGAACCAAAAUCGCCGCCAAAAGGGCGAAAAUCGUCAAUUCACAAAACCACACGAAAGAAGAGAGUCCCGUCACAACAAAUUAGGCCAAUCUCACGUGAUCCCAAACCCACGUAAACCGGAAAUUCCACUCUUUUAACUUUUAACAACAACAAACCAAAAAACGAUCGCCGCCACAAGGGCAAAACCGUCAAUCCCUUAUCAAAAACAAAUCAGUCCAAUGUCACGUGAUCCCAAUGAUAAAACCAAUUCUCUCUCUCUCUCUCUUUUCUCGUAGUCCUUUUUCCAGUCAUGGCGAUAACCGUAAACGACGACGCUCUCACGGAGAGACAAAAAAACCCCAAAAUCAUCCUUAUUAACGAUUUUGCCAUCCCUUCUUCUUCUUCAUCAUCAUCACCUUUCAUCAACCUCGCCGCAACUUUCCGCGACAACAUCAGAUCGUUCCUCCAUGAAUACGCCGAGAUUGAAGAUUACACCAUCGACGGAGCCACCGUCUCUACCCUUUUCCUUGGAAACCAAGCAAACGGCGUCGUUUUCCCUCUUUAUAUCAUCGAAGAACAAAUCUCUGCUUCUUCUCCAAACCCACUCUGCGAUUUCUGUCGAUGCGUUGGUUGGGGUCAUCACUAUGUAUCGAAGAGGAAGUAUCAUAUGAUAAUACCAAAGAUUGAUGAAUGGAAUGAGCCAUUGACGAGCAAAAGCUUGAAGCUUUCUUCACAUUUGAUGCAUGGUUUGAUUCAUUGCAAUGGUUUUGGUCAUUUGCUUUGUAUCAACACUGAUAUUGAUGAUCCUGCUUACCUCUCUGGUCACCAAAUCAUGGACUUUUGGGAUCGUCUUUGCACUAUUCUUCACACUAGGAAGAUUUCUUUGGAUGAUACAUCUAAGAAGGGAGCGAUCGAUCUGAGGCUGCUCCAUGGUGUUGCAUAUGGUCGACCAUGGUUUGGGAAAUGGGAUUAUAUGUUUUCUCAUGGAAGCUUUGGGGUCAGAAAAGAUCAGUAUUGGCGAGCUAUUCUCACUCUUAGCUCUAUAGAAGUUGACAAGGUUAUUGAAGAUUUUUCUGGAACAAGUAAAGGGAGAGUGAUGAAGACGAUCAUCGAUUUCUACAGAGGAUCCAGUGAAACCCCAUUGGCCACUCUCUCUGAUUUGCUUCGGUUCAUGCUUGCUUUCAGAUCAAAAGCUCCCAUUCAGAGGAAGACUGCAAUGACACUAGUAGCAAUGUCUUUAGAUCCUGUUUCAUAUCCUAUCCUUAGAGCUGAUGAGAACACUGAGGUCUGCACAUCCCCUAAUCAGGAAUCAGAUGAUAACGGAUAUGAAUCUGGCAGAGAAACUGUCCUUGAUGAUCAUGAAAUUAGAAUGGCGGGCAUAAAGACCCCUGAGUAUUACUCAUUUGAUGAUUUGGGCAGGAGAGAAAAUUCUAGAUGGCCUGGAAGGAGGUUGAAUGAGGCAGCCCAAGCAGUUCUCAAAGUGUUUAAAGAGCGAAAAAGUACCAUUACUCGUCAUGAGCUUCGACAGGCUGUUAGAACUAGCAUUGGUGAUACAGGAUUGAUUGAUUUCUUGCUCAAACACAUUGACAAAGUUCUAAUAGGUGACCAGAUAGUGCAGAGGUUCACAAACUCGAAAAGCCGGAUGUUACAGUUCUCCCUCCGGACAAUCAAUUCCCAUGUUCAAGAGCAAGAACGGAAAAAGAAAAGGAAAAUGAAACCGCAGGAAAUCAAUGAAUGGACAUCCACCACUCCCGGACUGAGUCCGUACGAUGACAUUCUCUAUCUGUAUCAGAAUAUCUUGUUAACUCAUCUUGAUUCAGACACAUACAGUGAAGCGUCUCAGAUUAUCUUGAACUGCAAGAGCUUUAUAAAAGAAUGGUCUUACCAGGAACAAAAUCCUUUAACAGUUAGCUGCCAAGUUCUGCCCAAUCAUGAAGAACUACUUAGAGACUUCACACGGUUAUUACCGCCUGGUGAACUCGUGGUUGUUCCUGAAAACGCAACCAUCAAAGAACUGAAAUUUGCAGCAGAGAAAGCUCUGAGGGACACUUACUUCAUAACGGAGACAUUUGAAGUGUUGGAGAUAAGAAACAGGUAUCUGGAGAAGCUAGAUGACAACUUGGCUCUAAAAUCACAAAGGAUUACAGAGUUUCUGGUGAAAGGGUUUGGUCUGGACAUAGGCACAGAGUUAAGGUAUGAAGGUGGUUUUGAUGACUGGACUGUUGACUGCAAAUGCGGAGCUAGAGAUGAUGAUGGUGAGAGAAUGGUGGCUUGUGAUGCUUGCAAGGUUUGGCACCACACACUCUGCAAUUCCAUCGAAGACGAUGAAGCUGUGCCCUCUGUGUUUCUCUGUAACAGGUGUUAUGAAGAUAGCUUGAGAUCCAAGAAACGCAACCUCAGCAUUCGCUAGCCCUAGCUUGCGCAGAAAGCCACCUUGUGUUGCAGGAGAUUAUAUAUCAUCCAUUAUUGUGGUCAAAAACUCAAAACUUACCAACCAUAGCCAUAGACUAAAUUUUAUGAUGAAGACUUUU